AUGACCCCACCUUCUUCAAACUUCCAUGGCUUCCAACACCAACGCCAAUCCAGAGAUAUCAUCAAAGGCCCACGUCCUUCUCCAUUGAUGAUCAACAGAACCUCUCAUUCCAUCAGAAAACCUUCCUCAUCAUCCUUCACACAGAUGACGGCGGCGGCCGCCAUGAACAAUCCCAAAGCCCAUCACGGUCAUCUUCAUCAUCAUCAACAACAACAACAACAGAUAAGGAAGCCUGUCAUCAUCUACACCCACUCGCCCAAGACCAUCCACACCAAGCCUGAAGAUUUCAUGGCUCUCGUUCAGAAGCUCACCGGCAAGCCCCGUCGUAAAGACAAGAAAGAGGCUACAGUUUCCGGCGCCGGCACCGAGAAUAUAGAGUCGUCUUUGUCCGAUGAAUCCAUCAUUAGCAGUAUUAAACAAGAGAAGAUUGGUUCUUGUGAUGUUAAUAACGAGAUUACGAGUUCACCAUCAUCGGCGCCAAAUCGAUGCACUACUGGAGCUGCGGAUCUGAAUUAUGCAGAUAUACCUCUUUUUACGCCCAAUUCAUCAGAUUUCUGGAUCAGUCCUUACAAUAGAUCGGUGUUUAACAAGCAGUCUUCUGCAGAUUCACCCUUCAGUAUGCUAGGUAGUUUGAUUUCGCCUUCUGGGUUGGAAUUCAUCAAAGAGCUUCCAGAAUAUUGA